AUGUCUGCAACUGAUUAUCAAGCCAUAGUAAAGCCUUGGCCUUUUAGAGGCUGGGCUUUGGAUAUAAUUGGGAUGAUUUAUCCCCCUUCAUCGAAACAACACAAGUUCAUCAUGGUAGCCACAGAUUACUUUACAAAAUGGGCAGAGGCCAUUCCAUUAAAAUUUGUGGAUCAACAGGAUGUGAUCAAAGUUAUGAAGGAGAGAAUUAUUCAUAGGUUUGGAAUACCGGAGCACUUUGUGGCGGACAGAGGCUCAGUGUUCUUUGGAGCACAAGUUUGGGCCUUUACUAGCCAAUUCAAUAUACAGCUCUCUCACUCAACCCCCUAUUAUGCACAAGGGAAUGGCCAGGCUGAGUCAACCAAUAAGACCUUGAUUGGGAUUAUUGAGAAGAUGGUAGAAGAAAAUCCAAGGGUUUGGCAUGAGCUCCUUUCUGAUGCAUUAUGA